AUCGGCUGUCGGUUUGCAACGUUACCUACAAUUGGCGAAAUUCAAAACAAUAAAAAUAUAUUUCAUUUGAAUUCAAUGUUAAAGAGGGUAUUUGGUGCUCAAAGGAUUUUUAUGAGAUGUAGUAGUAGUUUAAACAACAGUUUAUCAAAUAAUACAAAAAUGCCUUUCUAUGCCGUGGCAAAAGGUCGGACCUCGGGGAUUUAUAUGAACUGGGGUGAUUGUGAAGCGCAAGUGAAGGGUUUCCCUGGUGCAAGAUACAAAAAAUUUAAUACAGUUAUUGAAGCACAAGAUUUCAUAACCGUUAAUAGUGGCGGAAGCGGAUCAACAAAACAGAAACCACAGAACAGUCGUUCUAGUUUACCUACAACCAACAAUAACCUUAAGAGAAAUUACUCCACAACGUCGAACAGUGCUAAAGCUAAGGACGAUAUACCGAAGAAAAAAUCAAAGUCUAAAGCACGGACUACUAGUACCAGUAGCAAUAGUUCUGAUGACGAUUUGAAUACUAUGAUUGUUAAACAGCUUGAUGAUAUUGAAGCGAGACUGAAAGGUUUUGCAAAAGGUGUUGAUAAGAUUUAUAAUAAGAGUACAAAGGGAAAAACGUCAAUAUUGAUAGAACAGGAACAGGGGGGUGAUUUUAAAGUAGAUGAUCAAGGAUUCGUGCAGGUGUACACUGAUGGAGCUUGUUCCGCGAAUGGUCGCAAGGGUGCAAAGGCAGGUAUAGGAGUGUAUUGGGCAGAUGGCCACCCUCUUAAUGUCAGUGAGCCAGUAUCUGGAAGGGCCACAAAUAACUGUGGGGAAAUACAGGCAGCUACCAAAGCAAUUAAACAGGCAAUAGAUAAUGGAGUUCAAAAGCUGGCUAUUAAUACUGAUUCACAGUUUCUCAUCAACUCGGUUACCAAAUGGCUCCCAGGUUGGAAAAGGAAAGGAUGGAAACUGCAAUCAGGUGAACCAGUUAAAAAUGAGAAGGACUUCAAAGAACUGGACAAUCUUCAGAACAAACUCCAAAUCAGGUGGAAUUACGUUGAAGCUCACAGAGGAGUCUAUGGCAAUGAAAUGGCUGACCAGUUGGCGAAAGCUGGGGCCAAUAUGUAUGUUGGUUAAAAAUUGUGUUAUACUUAAUUGUUUAGGAUUUAAGAUGUUAAUUAUAUGCAAACUUUGUUAAUCUUUAAUUUCUCAUUUGUUACAACAUGUUCAGUAUUAAAAAUAAUACCUUCUGAUCAAACUCAAAAUAUCUUUACUUCAUGAAAUUCUUACUUUCCUAUCUCACUGUUUUGAACUGAUUAUUUUCUAUUCUUUAUAUAUUUAUAUGAUUAUUUUCACAAUAUAAAAAUGUAUUUUUCACUUUCUCUAAUGAUUUAUAAUGAUUAUUAUGAUCUGCUGGGCAGAAAUUAUAAAUGUUAUGUAGUAGACUGAUAUAAUGAAUGCAUUGCUGUGAUUAUAAAAUAAAUAUUUUUUUCCAA